AUGAAUGAUACAAGCCACAAGGAGGCGUACGUGCGGGAUGUAGUGAUACCGGGCAUGGUGGCACGGGGGCAGCUUACAUUUACCGAGCAUCUUCCGGAGGGUGGUAAAGUGCAGCUGAAAUCGGUCGAAGUGAAGCCGCUUGUCACCAAUGGGUUCAUGCUGACGUUACCGUUCGUGGUAACCGUGGUGUUGGAGCAGAAACCUCAGCACGGUCAAGAUAUCAUGUCGGAAACGUUUCAUCUGGUAGUGAAGAUAACGCCCGAUUGCACCCAGGAGAUGUACGAGAGCUGUCAAUUUGAGACGCUUUUCGAGAACGAAAUGAUUGCUUACACGGAAAUCAUACCCACCCUCGGCAAAGCGGAGCUGUAUCCAAGAUACUAUCACUGUGAACGGAAACCAGCGGAAGCAUUAAUGGUAAUGAGCGAUUUUUCCUUUUCCGGCUGGAAAACGUCACCGAUGGUCGUGAACCUGCCGCUGGAUUACAUCAUGCUCGCAGUGAAAGAGCUGGGACGCUUCCAUGGCGAAUGUUACGGCAUGAAGGAGGCACGCCGGUCGCAGUUUGACAGUAUUAUUGCGAAAUUUAAGGAAUCUCGAUUUGCCGCCGAUAUAACGGACCUUAUGUGGAAGACGGUCCUAAUCGUUGCACCGAAGCGUGCGAUCAAAUCCCUCCAGGAGAGCCGGUUCAAGGCGUUGGUACCGGCACCGUACCUCGAAAAGCUGGCCCGCCUGUUCGAGGAUUCGUGGGAGCACGCGAAGCGGAAGGUACAGCCACGGGAACCGCUGGCCGUCAUUUGCCAUGGUGAUUACCUGCGCAACAACAUGGCGUUCCGGUAUGAAGAUGCGAAGGAUCCCGUACGGCCUACCCAAGUGAUGAUGUUUGACUUUCAAACCCUACGCUACGCAUCACCGAUGAUCGAUUAUACUACCUUCCUUGCCAACUCAACCAGCUAUGACGAGCGGGAGCACCACUUUGAAACCAUUUUCCAAACCUAUCACCGUGAGCUGGUACGCACGGUGGCCGGUAUCGUUGGCGUUUCGGAUCCGAGCGAAUUACCACCGUACUUCAGCUAUGAGUCGUUUCAUCGCGAACUGGCCGAAUACUACACUUACGGGUUUAGCAUUGCAUCCUCGUUCCUGAUGGUACUGCACGAACCGAUGGAGAUAUCGUUCACGGAGAACAUCUUCACCGAGGCAGAAUCCGUGGCGGAUGCAUGGACACGGGGCGGGGAACCACUUAACCGGGAGCUGGCGGCCAUGGUGUACGAAAUGUAUCAGCUCCACCAAAAGUAUGGGCUCGAUCCGAUGUGA